AUGGGGUUGCAAGCCGUCCUGAAACGGGUGGAACUCCCAUUCGUUUCCCGCUGGAUUAACGACGAUAUCCGACCCAUCGAAUCUCAAAGGCGGACUUGGGGCUACCUGACGUUCCACAACUUUUGGCUCUUGGUGAACUGCAACAUCACCACUUACCUGACCGGUAGCGCACUGAUUCCCUUGGGCCUGACCUGGUGGCAGGCCCUUAUUUGCAUUGUCAUUGGCAACCUUGUUGCCACAGCUGUCGUCAUCAUCAACUCGCUUCCGGGUAGCUCCUACCACAUUGGCUUCCCCGUCUUCAGUCGAGCUGUAUGGGGUAUGUGGGGUUCGCAGUAUGGCUUCACAGCCUGGGUCGGGGGAGAGUGUAUCUACGUGAUCCUUCUCUCCUGGGACCCCAGACUUGAAACCCACAUCCCCAACGGCAUACCAGCAGAUACAGGCAUGACAACCGCCCAAUUCGUCUCCUACAUCAUAUUCAGCGUCAUAUCUCUUCCAGUCAUCUGGAUUCGCCCGCACCGUCUCGAGAAAUUCUUCCACUUCGCCUGCUCCGUCACCCUCGUCUUCUUCGUCGUCCUCCUCAUCUGGGCCCUCGCCACCAUGGGACCAUCAGGCUUUGGCGAGACCAUAACCUCGGGCUCAGCCAUACCAAACACAGGCGGACCGAACAGCGUGGCUUGGCUCAUGAUAUACGGCAUCGUCUCGACAAUCGGCUCCAUCGCGGCCGGUAUUCUCAACCAGAAUGACUACUCCCGCUUCGCGACGCAUCCCAAGCACGCCGUCGUGGGCCAGGCCAUAUCAUUUCCGUUCUAUGGCAUCUUCAGCUCUCUGAUCGGUAUCCUCGUCACCGCAGCGACCCAGAACCGCUUCGGAGGCCAGGCCAUCUGGAAUCCGCCUACCCUCUUCGCUCAGCUCCUAGCACAGAACGAAACGGCCGGGACGCGGGCAGCGUGCUUUUUCGCGGGGCUUUGUCUCGUCAUCUCGCAGAUCGGAGUCAAUGUACCUGGAAACGCGCUCGCCGGCGGCUUUGAUCUGGCCGCGACGUUUCCCAAGUACCUGAACAUCCGUCGUGGCGCCUACAUUACCGCAGUGUUCAGCGUUGUGGUCAACCCUUGGCGUCUGGUCAACACUGCAACAAUCUUCCUCACAGUCCUUUCAAGUUACAGCGUCUUCUUGGCCCCAAUGACUGGGUUGAUGAUAUCUAGCUACCUGGUUGUUAAUAAGAGCAAGGUGAACGUGGACGACCUGUAUCGCGGCGACUCGGGCAGUAUCUACUGGUUUUCUUAUGGCUGCAACUGGAGGGCGCCGGUAGCAUGGCUUAUUGGCGUCGUACCCUGCAUGCCUGGCUUCAUCGCCGCCGUUGACACGUCAGCGACUGUGAGCGAAGGGGCAACCGAGCUGUAUUUCAUGUCGUAUAUUUAUGGGCUUCUUUCGAGUGGUCUUGUAUACGCCUUGCUGCAUAGGUUUUUUCCGGCGAGAAACUUGGACGCGUUCGUAAGAGACGCGCCGUCUGCGCGUGAGCUUCAAGAGAUGCACAAGGGCAAAUGGGAUGUGACGCUGGCUGAGACUCCUGAAAUUCUCCACGAGUUUUCUGGCCAGGGAGACAAGGCAGGAAAGGUCGCUUUGCCAAGCAAGGAAGAUGUGUAG